CGGAAGCUGGCGUGAUGGUCGCUAGCUUUUCGGAACAGUUUAGUUGAAUAGGAGCGGAUUAAGGAGGUGGGCCGUCGGAGACGCUGGUCAGUGCCGAACCCAGGCUGCGGAGGCCCAGUUGCUCGCCAUGAUCAAGUUCCUGCUGAUGCUGAAUAAGCAGGGUCAGAUCCGGCUGUCCAGAUACUACCAGCCGGUGGACAUCAGCAAGAGGGCCGUGCUGGAGGCCGACGUGGUCAAAGCCUGUCUGUUCCGCAAGAAAGACGAGUGUUCCUUCGUGGAGUAUAAGGACUUCAAGCUGGUCUACCGUCAGUAUGCAGCUCUCUACAUCGUGGUGGGAAUUACAGACGCUGAGAACGAGCUGUCUGUCUACGAGCUGGUCCAGAACUUUGUGGAGGUUCUGGAUAAGUACUUCAGUCGUGUGAGUGAACUGGACAUCAUGUUCAACCUGGACAAGGUUCACAUGAUCCUGGAUGAGAUGAUCCAGAACGGCCACAUGGUGGAAACCAACAAGAAUCGCAUCCUGGCUCCGCUCACCGCCCUCGAUAAGAUGGCCGACAACUGAGGCGUCGUGGGAGGGGACACGAUGUGCCCAAGUUCAACCUCUCGGGCAACAGGACAGACUUUGUUACUUGCAAACGAACCCUGCUGUUCACUUUAUGCAUGUCUGCCACAUCCAUUCUGAUCAAACGUCAGCUUACAAGUUCAUUAAUCAACUGGUAAUUAUUAAUACUUAUUUAGGGGCGUCCAGGUGGCGUGACGUUCUAUUCCAUUGCCUACCAACAUGGGGCUCGCCGGUUCGAAUCCCCGUGUUAUCUGCAGCUUGGUCGGGCGCCCCUACAGAUACAAUUGGCCGUGUCUGCGGAUGGGAAGCCGGAUGUGGGUAUGUGUCCUGGUUGCUGCACCAGCGCCUCCUCUGGUCGGUCGGGGCAACUUGUGGGAAUAGCGUGAUCCUCCCACGUGCUACGUCCCCCUGGUGAAACUCUUCACUGUCAGGUGAAAGGAAGCAGCUGGCGACUCCACAUGUACCACAGGAGGCAUGUGGUAGUCUGCAGCCCUCCCUGGACCGGCAGAGGGGGUGGAGCAGCGACCGGAUCAGAAAAAUAGGGUAAUUGGCCAAGUAUAAUGGGGGGGGGAAUGCUUAUUUAGUCAGGUUGUUUCCAGAAUGACAGAUCUCAUCUGAGCUGAAUAUAAAUUCGGCCGUGUUGGAGUGACAUCUCUUGUUUACAAUGUUCACCUUCACUUCCUGGACUCACUAAUUAACCAGCCCACGUUAGUGACCAGUGGGUUCGGCCUGGCUGAAGGUGUGUCAAGUUA